AUAGAACAUUAUUUUCACACAUUUUAACAAUGGAUGAUGACGAUGACUAUUGGAAUACUAGCGAAACAAAAGCGAAGGCAUUCAAUUUUGACGACGAUGUGCUCUCAACGCAAGAGAUCUUGGCCAUCGGUCAGAAGUCCUAUUCACCAUCAGGACCAAGUGAGGAGAGUCUCUUCAAUAAUAUCAGCAUCACAACUGUUCAGUCUGCGGCCAUACCUUUGAGCAGUCUUGUGUCUUCAAAGGUUUUAGAUCUGAUUCUCCUAGCGCAGUCUGGCAAAGACCCCUCGAAAGAGACUAAGUAUGAACCAGAGCAGACAGUAGCCAUGACCCUCAAGAGACUGACUCUUGGCCGGAGCUGUUCUUUACACGUUCACCGCAGUAUGAAGAGUAAAACGGAGUUGCUGGACGGAGCGCUGGCCAUUGGCGAUGGAAAUGCUGUGUUAACUGUGGUCCUGUUCCUAAUCCAGACCCUGAACAAGAAGCUGGUUUACGAGCUCCUCUCUUCAAGACCCGUGGCCUUGAACCAUUACAUAGCCUUCCUACAAAACGAAGGGAAAAUAUCUGAACUAGCCGAUUUAUUAACGAUGUUGGGACGUAGCCCUGAAGCUGCUAUGUACCAAUACCAACAUACAGUGAAGACACAGGGCAACAAUGUGGAUGUCUUAUUAAGAAAGCUGACCAACUUGUUGGCCAAUCACUUCAACCAACCCGGUGUCGACCAACACCAAGCCAAGAUGAUCUCAGAUUACAUCAAGUUGUUAGAAUGGCAGAAACACGUGAAUAAGCCGGACUUGAAGUACAACUCGGUGAUUCAGUGGUUGGCCUACAACUGCACGCACCACUGGCAUGAGGGAGCUGGCAAUGCGAUGUCGCCACUCACCCUGUGUCAACGGCAUCAGAUAACUCCCCUACAAUACGACUGGGUUGUAUUGAACGUGCACGCCAAAUCCGGCAAAUGGGAUAUUGUCGAAUCACUAUUUACUAAAAAGGACUGGUUCGGUCGUACAACGAUAUCGUCGAAUAUCCCAAUAGAGACGCUACUGUCCCGCCUCAGUCAGUUGCAGGCGAGCAAGCAACUACUCGCCACAUGCGUCAACAAAGUUGCCAACAGUGACGACAGACUGCGACUUGCUCAUAUGUAUAAGAUCCAUGCGGUUGUAAUCGAGACCCUAGCGAAGCAGAAGGACAGGUCAGCGCUCACCAACUACAAAAUGACCUUGAACCCCCAGUCAGAAGAAUAUAUACUCGCUGAGAAUACUCUUAGAGAUAAUUCAAUUAAAUGGAAGAACUGAAUCAUCAAGUCUAAACAUUCCAUGGUCGAGAAAAUAUCUUUAUGAUACUGUACUACCUACUUAUCUUUAUACGUUUUAUAUAUAAAAAAAA